AUGAAAGUCCCACAAGACUUGUCAGAGGAUCCCGAUGCAGCACCAGCAGCAGCAGCAGCAGCAACAGCAGCUGUCGCUGGUGCUGCUGCUGCUGGGUCACAGUCAACGACACUGGAUGCAGCAUGUAGCACAAAGGAUCCUGCUGAUUCUCCUGAGCUUGCUGCUGCUGCUGCUGCUGACUUGAAAAACAAAAAUGCAGCACAACCCAAGGCUCUGCCUGCUCCUAGUAGCGUCUAUGACAUGGAGACGGAAGAGCUGGUGGAGCUAAGUGAGGGCCUUCAAAAUGCAGCUGAGGGUGCAGCAGGUGACUUCCAGCAGGAGCAGCAGCGGCUGCUGCUGCUGAAUCUCGUGCUGCUGGAGCUAAGAGAAAGGAGACACUCCGACUCGCGUCUCAAAGCCGUUGACAAGCUGACAGCCAGCAGCAGCAGCGGCAGCGGCAGUAGGUGCAACAAUAGCAACAGCAGCAACAACAGCUGCAGCAGCAACAGCAGCAGCAGCAACAGCACCAGCAGCAGCAACAACAACAGAAACAAUGCCGCUGUACAAAACAACAGCCAGAGCGGCAACAGCUUGAGUACCAGCAACAACUGCAGCAACACAACCAGCAACGUCAACACCAGCCAGAGCAGCAGCAGCAGCAACAAUCCCAGCGGCAGCAGCAGUAGAAGCAACAAGGGAGCUCCUCUUCCUAUUCUCUCUAAGGUCGCUGGUCCUUGCGAGCCAUUCGACAUGCAGCAAAACAAAACUGUCAACUCCACUAGGCAGACGAAAAUCCCCCGCUGGUCCAGGUGGGUUGGGGGGCCCCCACCUGAUAAUCGUGGCCAAUUAAGGUUGAGGAAAGAUCAGCAGCUAAUGAAGCCAUUGUUAAGCGAUCGCCACAUGCCGCAUCAGCGGCAGCAGCAGCAACAACAACGGCAGCAGCAACGACAGCGGACGCAGCGGCAGCAGCAGCAGCAACGGUCAAAGAAGCCGCGAAACAGCGCCAAAAGGAUCACGAAGAACCAGAGCAGCUCCAGGAACUCCCUGCCUUCAAGACAAUGCAGCAGCAGCAGCAGCAGCAGCAAUUGCGCAGGAGGCAGCGGUGUAACUGGGUUCUUCCUCCCUCGCCUUCCUUUUCGCUAUCCCUCAGUUCCCUCCGAUGUCAGCCCUCAAGCUAGCAUUUUUUCUCCCUUUGCUGACGUUAGAAGAGCGGCAACUUUUGAGGCGAGCCCAAAGGCUGCGGAGCCUUCAGCGUGGCGAUCUUCUCUUGAAGAAUCGACAGGAACGGGCUCUGUGCUGUUGUCAUCGCCUGGUCGUGGGGCCAUCCGCAGCUGCAGCAGCAGCGGCGCCUCCACCAGCAGGGGUGUUUUCAGCAGCAGGAGCAAGGAGCUACUCAGCAGUAGCAGGGGCCCCCCGAGCAGCAGCAGGGGGGCCCUCAACGGCAACAAUGGGAUCAACGCCAGAAACGGUGCAGCGGCACAACGGGCGUACAGCAGCCGCCUCACCCGAGAUGCAAAACGAAACAGCAGCAGCAGCAGCUACUGCAGCAGUUGCAGCAACUGCAGCGGCAGCAGCAAUAUGGCAUCCAGAACAUCGUACAGAAUGCGCUCCCCUAAAGGACAGCAGCAGCAGUCACAGCAGCAGCAGCACCAGCAGCAGAUCCAUCAGCGAUCAACUUCCUGCCAAAUGUUACCUCAACGAAGGCAGCAGCAGACACACCACCUUCAACAGCAGCAGCAGCAGCACCAGCUGUCUUUGCCUUCCGUUUCGCCUCGUCGCAUAUCUUAUCCAAGGUCUUUGACGAGUAUGGGGAGUGGCCUUUCAACUCCCUCAGCAGCAGCAAGUGCAACACCAGCAUCAGGAGCAACACCAGCAGCAGCAGGAACAGCAACAGCAGCAGCACCACCACCACCACCACCAACAACAGCAGCAGUAGCAGGUUAUAGACCCAAGAGUAGCCGCUCCUCUCAUGCUAGUAUUCGCUCUUGCGCAAAAUCUUUAAUUAAUUCUGUUGAGAAUGCUGUGCGAUGUUUAAGUUGGGACUUGCCUCUUCAUGACGAGGAAGGAGCAGCAGGAGAGCUUAGUUCCUCUUCUUCUUCUGCUUCUGUUUCUGUUCCUUCUUCAUCUGCUGCUGCCUCAGUUGGUGCACCAGCAGCAACAGCAGCAGCAGCAGCAGCAUUACGCCCGUCUGCUGCUUCACGUGCAGCUGCCAAGAGACGAAAACCUACCCCCAGACAACCAGCAGCCUCGAGGGAGCGGCAACAACAGCAAAACCGCUGUGUGCUGCAGCACCAGACAAGAGCACCACCAUCCCGUUCAGCAGCAGCAGCAGCUGCUGCUGCUGCUAAAGAUGCUGAGGCAGAAGCUGCUGCUGCAGCUGUUGCUGCCUACAUCGAAGAUGAUGAAGAAAGACAUUCCUUGGAACGAGUCUACGCGCUGCUGCAGGGUGCUGAGAUUUCUUCGAAGACUGGCAGGGAGAAAAACUACUCAGCAGCAGCAGCAGCAGCCGCAGCAACAGCAGCAGCAAAUACAACAACAACAACGGCAGCAGCAGCCGUAGCUGUAGAUGCAAGUGGCCGAAAUCGCUGCUUGAAUCCGCAGCAAACCCAGAAGCAGCAGAAGCAGCAACAGCAGCAGCAGCAUUCGUCUCCACUCCUUCGGGAUGCAGGGGAAAGAGAGACAGAUGUUGUUGUUGCUACUGCUGCAGUUUCUCCUGCUGCUGCUUUGGCAGCAGCACCAUAUGAAGGAGCGCCAUCGGCGUCCUGUGCUGCUGCUGAAGGGGUAGGAGAGGCGCACCAAAAGGUGUGCCCCCAACAGCUUCCUGGGGACUCGCGAGUAGCAGCAGCAACGGCAGCAGCAGCAACAGCAGCAGCAGCCUCAAUAGAUGCUGUUGUUGCUGCAGCCAGUGCUGGAGCAGGUGCACCGAUAGCAUUACCAGCUGCUAAUGCCGCGGCUGCUGCCUGCUGGUCUGCAGCUGCUGGCCAGCAACUGCAGCAACUGCAGCAACAGCAGUUAUUGCUGCAGCAACAGAAGCAGCUGACGCAGCAGUGGAACCCCCUAAGGACCAGAAAUGCAGCAAAACGGAGACCCCACACUGCUGGAAGUUUGCCUUUGCUGCUGCAGCAACCCGCAGCAAUGCCCCACAGCGGUGGUGCUGAGGGCGUCUUGGAAGGUGCAGCAGCAGAUGCAGCAGCAGCAGCAGCAACAGCAUCACCAGACCCAGCCGCCCAUGCAGCAGCAGACUCACCAACAGCUGGAAAAGGCCAAAAUUUUCCCACGGAGCCCUCGAGUCCUGUUUUUGCUGCUGCUGCUGCUGCUGCUCCUAUUGAAGGAAACUCACCAGCAUAUACAAGUGCAACAGCAGCAUCAGCCGGAGGUGUAUUAGCAGCUGCAACGUCUGCAGCAGCGCCUUUUGUCGCUGCUGCUGCAGGAGCAGAUGCUUCGGCGGCGAAACCAACAGUAGCAGCAGCAGUAGCAGACGCAGCAAAGCUUCACGAGAGCUGCAAUAAAGUAAUUGGAGGCAGCAGCGAGCUGCAUAUGCAACAGCAGCACCAGCAGCACAUAUUGCAGCAGGACACAGCCCCCUAUCCAACUGUUGCUGCUGCUGCCGCCGGUGCUGCAGCAGCAGCAGCUGCUGCUGCUGCUGCCAAUUUUUUCAGUGGAGGAACGGCAUCGAGGCAGCACGUUACCUCGCCGCACCAACAGCAGCAGCAGCAUCAACAACAGCAGCAAGCUUCCCCGUUUGAGCUCUGCCGUUGGUUUUCUGACCCUUUACCCAGAGGUAGUGACAACAGCAACAGCAACAGCAGCAGCAGCAGCAGCAAAGAGUAUGCUCUGUUGGGUCCUUUUCCCGCUGCCUCUCUUUCUGUCAUACCUCAUAUAGACCCUCAGAGUCCAAUAUGUCAACUGCAGCAGCAGCAGCAGCAGCAGCAGCUACAGCUACAGCAGCAGCAGCAGCUACAGCAGCAGCAGCAGCAGCAGCUACAGCAGCAGCAGCUACAGCAGCAGACAUAUGAUGUGAUUGAGCGGAUGCCUGAGGUGUCGGCCUUUGCUGCUGCUGCUGCUGAUGCUGAUGCUGCUGCUGCUGAUGUUGCUGCUGCUAUCCCUUCUCCUCUUUUCCUUGUUGGGAUGUCUGUACACCCCAACUCUAUGCACAUGCUAAAGGCGCUGCUGCUGGCAUUAAGAGCAGCAGAGAAAGAAGAAGCAGCAGACCCUCUGCUGCAGCAGCAGCGAAGCAACAGCAGCAGCAACAGCUGCAGCAGCAGCAACAGCUGCAGCAGCAGCAGCAGCAACAACAAGCGGACAUUUGCUGUCGUCGGGUGCAGCAGGGAGGAAGAAAUUAUCUUGAGGGAGUAA